CGAACUCAGUCUCCAGCACUCCAACAAAUUCAGUCCUCCUCCCUAUGACCACCGUUGAAAGAUACCGCCCUCCACACAACUUCACUUCAGAUGCGCCCUCGAACGGUCCAACGACAUAUUCCUCGUCCAGCUCCAUAGCCAGAAACAUUCCACCCGCUGUACCUUCUCCACCACGACUUUCUCGAAACUCCCCACCACCGAGACCAAAUACCAGUGCGAUUCUUCCUAUUUCAGAUAGAAUGGCUGUCGACCAGCUCAGCCAAUGGCUGUUCACGCCGGAUGAGCUAAAAGCUACCCCUUCGAUGUGCGAUGGCUUAGAUCCUGCGGAAGAGCGUUGCCGGAGGGCGAAGGGCGUCAAUUUCAUUAUACAAGUCGGCAUACUUCUCAAGCUUCCGCAGAUGACGAUAGGCGUUGCGAGUACAUUCUUUCACCGGUUUUACAUGCGCCGGAGUAUGGUUGAGAAGAAGGGGGGGUUACAUCACUACAGCCUCGCAGCCACAUCCCUCUUCCUUGCCACCAAAACCGAAGAAUGCUGCCGCAAAACCAAAGAAAUCGUAAUUGCAGUCGCAAAAGUUGCCCAAAAGAACGCCUCCUUGAUCAUCGACGAGCAGUCAAAAGAAUACUGGAGGUGGCGCGACGCAAUGCUUUUAUACGAGGAACAAAUGCUGGAAGUCCUCACAUUCGACCUGGUAGUCAAGAUUCCCUAUGGAUACCUGAUCGAUGCGCUGAAGAGCUUCAAUUUCGAGGACAACAAACACAUCCGGAAUGUGGCGUGGGCAUUCGUCAAUGAUAGCGCGAUGACUAUGAUAUGUCUAGCUAUGCCACCGAAGGAUAUUGCGAUUGGAGCCCUGUACUUUGCUAUCAGAUUCAACGGGGAGACAAUUCCAGAUGAUGAGGAGACUGGAGCGCCCUGGUGGGAAGUCCUAGGUGGUUCGCCGGAUAAGAUUAUACAGGCUGUGGGAUUCAUGAAUGAGUUCUGGAGUGAUAACCCACUACGCAAAGCCGAGACGCCGUAUGCAGGGUAUACAUCAUCCAGCGAAGAUUUAGAUCGGACAAGAAGGAGGGCUGGUUCGGAAGGAAGCAGUAUCAUUUCCCCGCCAUCAAUCAAUGGCGAUUCUCUUGUGUCACCGAAGAAUUACAGGGAUGAGGGAACAGAUGAGCAGCCUAAGAGACAUGUCGAGAAUGGAGAUGGACCUACAUCGAAGCGGAAAGAGCUCGAGGAGAGAGAGGAACCUGCGUCGAAGAGAGCGAGGACGGAAGAUGCGGCGUCGGAAGAGGGCGCUAUUGAGGAACCUGGUGAAGUUGGAGAGGAGAAGGAAGGUCCAGCUUCGUGAGAUGUGUUGAUAUAUAUAUGUAAGAGAUGUAUGAUCAGAAUGGUUUGGCUUUUCUUGACUUAGAUACCCAAUGAAUGCAUGGAGUUUUAUUUUCGUUUUGACUUUUCCCAGUUGGUCUCUUUUCUGGCGCUGCAGUUUUUUGAGGUUCAGCCAGAAGAUGUGAUGAGAGGUAUCACAGUGCAGGUAAGGCUGGACGUUCGUGAAUCCUAGGGGACAGUUUUGAGGCGGGAAACAUGUAUGCCUUGGGGACUUCAAUCUGGACAAAACCUUUUGGGAGGGUUUACACAUCAAGCAGAAAUCUCCAGGGAAGGGGCAGUGAGUGCACAAGUCUGCGUUCAUGAAAGAAAUCUAUGUACAAGCGCAGUCACUGAUCAAGCUCAUCUCUAUCUCAAUCUCCGCCUCAAUGUCAAAGUCAAUCUGGUUCAUUAUCAUCAUUAUUCCCUUUCCCUCAUCUCCUCCAUUACAAAUUGUCCGUUCCCUCUCCAUAACAUCGCAAUCUCCACCAUCAGAGAAACGGUAUUUCAUCCCGUAAUUGUAGAACGUUACAGACUUAGCUUAUAAGUUCCUCCCUCCCUCCUUCCCUCCCUCCUUCCUUCCUUCCUUCCUUCCU